UCUUGUUGUUUCCUUUCAGCGUUUCAUACAAAAGAUCUGCUUUGGAAUUUGACUGCUUUAAAGCAAUACCUUGUAGUUAUUUUAAAGCAGGAAAGCAAAAUGGAGGAACUAAAAUAUGUCACAGUUUUUUUCAAACCAUCUAUUGUUGAACACUUUGGUGAAGCGUUGCUAAAGUCCCUUUGUGAUCUAAAUUCAUUGGAUGACUAUCAAAACCUGGACAUAUCUCUUGUGUACAACCUUCUAAGGUACGUUUGCAAAAAUGUAACUCCCCCAAAACGAGACUGGGGUUAUGAACCUUCUGAUGAUGAUGUAAGUCUGGGUGCUGAUAUUGAAAGAAUCCGUUUAAUGUGGAAUAGAUAUUGCGAUGAAGCAACGGAAUUUCUGUACCUUAGAGAGAUAUUUGUCAGAAUGGUUAAUCGAUAUGGAAAUAUUUCCGAUGACGUUAAACUUCAAGACACUGAUAAGAAAAAAAUAUUGAGUUUUGAGCUGAAUCCUGAAUGUCAAAUAGAGGAUGGGGUUGUUUUGACAAAAGCGAUAAAAUCCGUUCUAGAGAUUCUGGGAAGAGAACAUAUUGUUGUGGUUAUAGGGGCAUUAGGAACUGGAAAAUCAACAUGUCUGAAGUACAUUGAAAGCCACUACAGAAGAAAUCAAUGGGAAGUGGAAAAUGAGAGUAUAACCCAUUUGGACUUAAAUGUUGAUGGAAAAAAAAAGCUUUUUUGCUGCGAUAACCUCUUUGGGGUGUAUAAUAGAGGUUACUUUGCUGAAACCGAUGAAAUUAUUAAAGUCCUAGAAAAUAUAGAACAGAAAGUAAAUCAUGAACUGAAAGUUGUCUUUGCUAUACAUGACCAUGUAUAUGAAGAGUUGCAAAAAAUCCAUCCUAUCAGAGUUUUUCAAAACAAACGUGUUGUCGUAGAUUUUAACGAGCUUUCAGACGCAGAAAUGUUACUGAUCUUGAAUGAACAAAGAGAGCAUGGACAUUGCGCAAAUGACCCAAAAUGUUGGUUUCGAAACGUUGAUUUUGAAUUGGUAAAGAAUACUCUCCAAGAAAAUCCAGGAAAAUUAGGAGAUCCAAUUCUUACUCUUUUAUAUUCAAAUCGACAUGAUAUUUUUUCCAAAAGAGAGGCCACACAAAAUAUAGUUAGGGAAUUGUGCACUAUAUUUCAAAACAUGUUGGAGAAUUCGAACACAUCCGUUUUAUUCUAUGUAUUGUUGUAUGUCAUGUUCGAUAAAACUUACAGCUCAGAUAACAAAAAGGCAGAAUUGGCGCUUGAACUUGGUGGUAUCAAUUAUACAACGGUGGAGCAGAAUGCCCGCCAUCUUGAUGCAUUUCUUCUCGUUGGAGCUGAUGGAAAAAUAGAGAUAAAACAUGAAUUAUUAAUUUUUUCCUUAUUUAAGUUCUGUGCCAAUCAUCCCAGUUUCAUGCCUCUUCUUCUAAAGCACUGUCAAUUUCAAAUGAUUGAGGAAAUAAUACGACCGGUUUCUUUUUCCAACCAGAGUGAAUUUUGCGUUUUUCUAAGGAAGAAAAUGUACCCCUUUCUAACGUAUAGGAUUACAGGAAAAAAAUUGUUUGAGCGCCUAAAACGUCACCCACUGCUAGACAAAAACUCCCAAUUUAGGUACAUCUUUUAUUCAAAGUUGAAGAGUGAAUAUCUGAUGCGCAAAGAUUUAGCAUAUACCUAGAAGAAUUGCAAAGACGAACCUUCUACGAAAAAAGAGAAAUCUACAUAAUCACAUAAGACAUUUCUAAAAUCACUUUUAUUUUAUUUUAACUCAUUUAAAUGAUAUUCAAAUGAAUUGGUUUUAUAGAAAAUGUAUACCCUAUAAUUAGUAUUCUUGUUAAUACUAAACUAAGCCCAACAAAUUUGUAAUGCAUUUAAUAUACAGUACCUUUAACGCUAUUAUUUUACAAGAUAAACGCGAGGAUAGGACUCACGCACUGUAACAACCGUUAAUGAUACAACGCCGCUUAGUGAUAUAAUUAGCAUUUUAUAUAUAAAAGCUUUGCAAUUUGAACACUUAAUGAUAUUUGCAUCAUUCAGCGGCGUUUUAUCAUUAGAGCUUGAUACAAACCACAAUUCAUCCAACAAUGAACUUUAUUAAGGUGAAUUUUUUUUUCGAACGGUAA